AUGGACGGCCUUGAUGAGUUCGAAAAAGCUCUCGCCGCCGAAAAGGGAGAGAAGGAGCGCAUAGAACGCGAGAAAGAAGAGCGCAGACAGAGGAAGAAGCAUCGGCAUCAUCACCGCGAGAGGUCUUCCGACAGACACCGAGAACGUGAUCGCGAGAGAGACAGUCAUGGAGAUCGUGACAAAGAUCGGGAACGCGACCGAGAUCAUGAUAGACAUCGUCAUCACAGAUCGCGACGAUACGAAGAGGACGAGGAGGAUGGCCACAGACACAAGCGAUCUCGCCAUUCGAAAGACGACGAAGAGCGGCGGUCAAGGCACAGACACAGAGAUAGAGACAACGAGCGCCACAGCGAGAAGCACGAGAAGACAACGGAUCCUAAGGAAGACUUGCCAAUACCCGACGAGGAAGCCACGCCUCAAGGCAAGACUGCAGACGCGCCGCUCGUACGCGAUAGCUGGAUGACUGCCCCAUCGGCCCUCGACAUCGACUAUGUCCAGCGCAAAAAGGACGAGAUCAAGCCGCCACCAAAGGAAGAACCGGUCAGAGUCAUUCAUGAAAGGGAAAUCAACAAAGAGUUUGGUGAUCUGAGCAAUGUCACGACAUUGGAUGAAAAGCUCCCACCGGCAGAGAGAACUAUCAACUACACGUUCGGGGAUAAUGGUUCUCAGUGGCGCAUGACCAAGCUUAAGGGCGUGUAUUCUAUGGCAGAGGAGUCUGGACGAUCGGUUGAGGACAUUGCUCUGGAGAGGUUUGGCGACCUGCAGGAUUUCGACGACGCCAGGGAGGAGAAGAUUGAGAUGGAUCGUCGCAAGGUGUACGGCGAGGGAUAUGUGGGUAAGGAGAAGCCGACUGGCGACCUGUACCGCGAGCGCCUGGAAAAGCACCGCGUCGACAGGGCCUCCGAACGGGAACGUGUCGCACGAGACGGCGCCGAAACGUUUGAACAGGGCACCGUUAUCCCUGACGACGCCAUGCAGCACACCCCUAUGGACCAGACCGCAUUAAACAGGCUGCGAGCUCAGAUGAUGAAGGCCAAGCUGCGCAAGGCGCCGGAUGCUGCCAAAUUGGAAGCCGAAUACAACCAAGCUGCGGCCAGCUUUGCCACCAACGGGCCGCAAUCGGUCGUCCUGGGCGUCAUGGAUAACAGGAUGCUGGCUGGAACCCGUGGCGAAGUCAAGGCCAGCGAGAACAAGCGCGGCCAAGAGCGCGGGAACGUGGAAGCGAACGAGGACAUGUCAAUCGAAGACAUGGUCCGCGAGGAGCGCAGAACACGCGGUCAAGCCGGCGGCGAGGGCAUGCGGCUUGCUGAGCGCAUCGCCAAGGACGGCAAGUUUGACAACGACCUCGACUACAUGGACGAGAACGCCGACAAGCUCGCGAAGCGGGUGCACAAGUCCGAGGUCAACCUCAAGAAUGUGGCCGUCAACGAGUACCAGAAGGUGUCACGGAUACUGGACAACUGUCCACUGUGCCAUCACGAGGACAAGGGCCAGCCGCCUUUGGCACCGGUCGUUUCUCUCGGCACGCGCGUCUUCUUGACGCUGCCGACGGAACCGGAGGUCAGCGAAGGCGGCGCCGUCAUUGUGCCUAUGGCGCAUCGCAAGAACCUCGUUGAGUGCGACGAUGACGAAUGGGAAGAGAUCCGGAACUUUAUGAAGUCGCUCACGAGGAUGUACCACGAGAAGGGACAGGAGGUAAUUUUUUAUGAGAACGCCGCAGCGCCGCAGAGGCAUCUCCACGCCGCCAUGAUGGCUGUGCCCAUUCCCUACGAGGAAGGCGCCACAGCCCCGGCGUACUUCAAGGAGGCCUUCCUCACCACGGAUGACGAGUGGUCGCAGCACCAAAAGAUCAUCGACACGGCUGCCAGGGCCCGAGAUGGCAUGGGCAGGAUGGCGUUCCGGCGGAGCAUCGCCAAGGAGAUGCCCUACUUCCACGCGUGGUUCACGCUCGACGGCGGCCUCGGCCAUGUUGUGGAAAACGCCAACCGCUGGCCAAAAGGCGACCUCUUUGCGAGGGAGAUUAUUGGGGGCAUCUUGGACGUUGGCCCGGACGUGAUCAAGAGACAGGGGCGGUGGAACAAGGGCGAUCGCCGAGUCGAGGGAUUUAACAAGAAGUGGAGGAAGUUUGACUGGACCCGAGUCUUGGCCGACGGCUAG